AGCUCGUAACCGAGAAUUUACCGGAAUUGAGCAUCUUUUUGCUCGGAAUCGGAAAGCUUCCAACGAUCUGCGGAUCAAAAGCUGUUGUCGCAGACUAUAUUAAUCGCCCAAUUGUUGACGGCAUCGCCCUCUAAAAUGUUCUCUAGAUCGGCUCUCUCCAGAGGUGCCCAGCUUGCCGCCAGCAGGCGAAGCUGUUCCCAGCUUGCUCAGCGCCGAGGUUACGCUGCUGCAUCUUCGGCACCAUCCGCUUUCAACUAUGACACCACCGAAGUUGCUGGUGUCAAGGUAGCUACCAGAGAUUCACAUGGUCCGACGACGAACCUCGCCGUUGUCGCCAAGGGUGGUACUAGAUAUCAGCCUGCUCCUGGUCUUACUGUUGGCCUCGAGGAGUUUGCCUUUAAGACUACCGCGAAGCGAACCGCCAUACGUAUCACUCGAGAAGCUGAGCUUCUAGGAGGUCAAUUAGUCGCAUACCAUACUCGAGAAGCAUUAAUCGUCCAAGCAAACUUCCUGAGAGAGGAUAUUCCCUACUUCGCUGAGCUGCUAGCUGAGGUCAUCUCUGAAACCAAGUACACCACAUACGAGUUCCACGAGGACGUUGAGAGAGUGUUGAAGGUGAAGCAGGCUAAGCUUGCCAAUGACGUUGCCGCUCUUGCCCUCGACUCGGCUCAUUCGGUUGCCUUCCACACCGGCCUUGGUGCUUCUUUAUACCCGACUACUUCAACCACCCUGAAAAAGUACCUGAGCGAACACAGCGUCGCUGACUACGCACAAGCCGUUUACACAAAGCCUAACAUUGCUCUGGUUGGAGACGGCGCUACGACAGCUGCCCUGCACAAGUGGACGGAACAGUUCUUCAACAGUGUACCUGCAUCUCCCUCUAGCCCUGUCGCACUCAACACGAAACCCACGACUUACUACGGUGGCGAGCAACGUACAGCUCACACUGCCGGAAACUCUUUAGUCAUUGCCUUCCCCGGUUCCAGCUUCGGUUCUUUCAAGCCUGAAAUUGCAGUCCUGGCAGCCUUGAUUGGUGGACAGCCCAAUGUCAAGUGGUCACCGGGUUUCACGCUUCUGUCCAAGGCUGCAGCCUCGGCACCUGGCGUAACCGCUUCGGGCACUAACUUGGCGUACUCCGAUGCCGGACUGUUGACUAUCCAAGUUACCGGUGCCGCCGCUUCUGUCCGCAAGGCAAGUGAAGAAGCAGUUAAGGCUCUUAAGGGCAUCUCCGAAGGUAGCAUUAGCAAGGAGGACUUGACCAAGGCGAUUGCCAAGGCGAAGUUCGACGCGUUAGAUGCUAGCCAGUCGGGUGUGUCUACGCUCCUAUCCGCCGGUUCGGGUAUUAUCCAUACCGGCAAACCCUUCCAGAUUGCCGAGACUGUUAGCUUGAUCGACGGUGUCUCGGCUGAUAAGCUCAAGACGACGGCGAAGUCUCUUCUUGACGGCAAGGCCUCCGUGGCUGCGUUUGGUGACUUAAACGUUCUACCAUAUGCGGAUGAACUUGGGUUGAAGGUAUAGAGGGGGAGAAUUGGGCAACAAAAGUGUACCAACAGAUUAACCCACUGCUGUAGAGUCGA